AUGACGACCACCGGUGUCCUAUUCGGGACAGGAGAUGCACUUGCACAGUUCAUGUUUCCACAUAAGGAGAAUCCAGAACAAUCAGACAAAACAGCACCAUACAACUUCCAGAGAACUUUGAGGGCUGCAAUUUACGGUUCAUGCUUCUUCGCCCCUUGCGCGGUAAUGUGGUAUGGAAGGAAACUCCCUUCAUUGAAAAAUCCAUUUCUUUCGGCCCAAAGAAGAAGUCGCAUGAGUAAAAAGAGUGAAGAAUUCGCAGAUGUGGUGUUUAGAGUAGCCUUGGAUCAGUUGUUCGUCCCAGGGCUUGUCUGGAUCCCCAUGUAUAAUAUUGUAAUGUCCACAUUAGCCUUACAUGAUCACCCAUUGGAGGUUGCCAAGGAAAAGCUCCGCAAUAACUGGUGGAAUGUGUUGAAAGCCAGUUGGACUGUUUGGCCCGUGUUUCAGCUUUUCUCAUUUACAUUUAUUCCAGUACACUUGAGAGUUGUAAGUGCAAACGUUUGGUCCAUCGGGUGGAACUCGUUUUUGAGUUUUGUACACAAUACUCCUGGCCACGGUAAAGGUACAGGUAAGCGAAUUGAAGAGCUUGUUGACAUUGAAGACGACGCACAAGAAACUACCAUGGUGUACAAUUAA